AGUGACGGAAAGAUGGAAUUUCGGAUUUUAAUGGCAAAUAUUUUUUUAUAUGGCGUGGUUCGUUAUUUUCAUUGGUGUAUCACAAGGUUUACAGAUCUUGGGUCUAUCAUCAUUUACUUUUCUAUGGGAAGUUGAGUUUAUGGUUAGCACAAUAUCUUUGGUGCCUAGAUUGUUGUUAUUUAUAUAAAUAGUGUUGGAAUUGUUUGUUACUAAUAAAUGAGCACUGAAAGAUAUAAAUUAGUUAUAGAAGAAAAAACUACGAAAAACUAGCAAAGUCUAUAGAUAGUGUGACAGUGAAUCUGCCUGAGUUUGGACGAGCCAAUCAUGAGGUGCUGCAGACGUGACCUCAGAGAAAACCUGGCCAGAGCCGUGAAGGUGCAGUCUCUCCGGGGGCAGAGAGUGCCUCGGGAGCAACACUAGUGCACACACUGGUGUCUGGAGGAUGCUAGCAUGGCCGGCGUGUCGGCAGACAGCUUCGCCGCCGUGUACUGCCGCCUGCUGGACGAGAGUCGCGACCGGCUGUCGUCCUGCCUUGCCGGAGAUGCCGUGCUCGACUGGUUCGGCCGCGAGGUGUGCGGCAGAGAGAACAUUGCCCACUUCGUGCUGCUGGAAGUGCCCGCCUCGACGCACGCCUUCUCCUCGGUGAAGCUGUCCGGCGCGGGCGCGCCGCCGGUGGACCCUGGGGGCGGCGACACGUCGUCGCUCGCCCUGGACCUCUCCGCCAUGUCGCUCUCCAGCGACGAGCGCGCCGUGCCGGCCACGCCCCAGGACUCUGCCCCGAGCGUGCGGGUCGGCGCGGCGCCGGCCAAGUGUCUGAGGCCGUGCGCGCACCUGCUCGCGAUGGAGGCCGUGGGCAAACUGCAGUUCUUCCACGCCGAGCGCGUGGAGGGGACACGGCACAGCAGCAUGAAGGUGUUCAAGGACGCACAGAGGUGGGAGCGUGCGUGCAGGCUGCAUGUCUUCUACAGCAUCGACGUGCAGCUCGGACACAGCUUCACCAUACACAAGAUGGUUUACAGGGAGAGCGCCAGGUGCCGCAGGAACCUGGCCUUGCAGUUUGAGCAGUUGUGACGUGAGCCCGGUGGCCACUCGCGUGGCGUCACUGUGUCUGCCUGAUUGCCACUCGUGUGGUGUCACUGUGUCUGCCUGAUUGCCACUCGUGUGGUGUCACUGUGUCUGCCUGAUUGCCACUCGUGUGGUGUCACUGUGUCUGCCUGAUUGCCACUCGUGUGGUGUCACUGUGUCUGCCUGAUUGCCACUCGUGUGGUGUCACUGUGUCUGCCUGAUUGCCACUCGUGUGGUGUCACUGUGUCUGCCUGAUUGCCACUCGUGUGGUGUCACUGUGUCUGCCUGAUUGCCACUCGUGUGGUGUCACUGUGUCUGCCUGAUUGCCACUCGUGUGGUGUCACUGUGUCUGCCUGAUUGCCACUCGUGUGGUGUCACUGUGUCUGCCUGAUUGCCACUCACUGGAACUUCAUUGCGGAGGCUCAACUGUAGUCGUAUUGGCUCUCAAAGACUAAUGUCUCUUAACAAUGUAAGUUUUUUAGGUGCACAUAUUUCAACAGCAUGUGACUAGAGGCCCAUAUAGAAAACCUAUCCCAUUGUAAUAACUCAAUUUUCUUUGUCACUUGAUGUAGUUUACUCAGUCAUGUUUUAUUGAGCAUCGCAACUGUUAAAUGAGAAAACAAACGUAAAAAAAAACAAUAUUGGUUUAAAUGUACCCACUUUACAUGAAAGUUUCCGUUUCAUAAGGGCAGUUGCAUUGCUGUUGCUGAAAUGUGUGGCAUUGUUUGUUCUUGAAAGAUGGUUGCUGCAAACUUGUCUCGGAACAAUCAGGCAGACAUAAGUAUUGUGUUUAGUAACUAAAAUAUGGUUGACCUACUUACCUCAGCAUUUGAACAUUUUUCACGCUGUUUGUGAUGUAAAUGUUUAAAUGUACAUAAAUGUAGUAGUAAGGUGUGUAAUUAUAUCAUAAAUACAUACUUUUUAUAGUCAGGCAACUACCUACUUAUAAAUAUGAGUAUUUUUUGUUAUCUUGUACCUUCUAAUAGGGCUUUUACUUUUUGAAGAUGUAAUCACUUAUAAUUUUUAACAAAUACUUCACAGUAUUCCAACCUUUGUGUUACAAAACUGAAGGGGCUGUUGUUGAUGUUUCUCAUUUGAGUGACCUAUUUAAUUGUGGUUUCAAUGGUAGUUUUAUCACUCGGAUCUUCAACUGAAUGUUAAGCCCAGGCAUAUGUGUGACAUCAUGCAAACAGCACAGUUGCACGCUCGGCACAGAAGUCAAGUCACACACACACCCAACACAGUGGUUGCAAACAUUCCAAAUGUGCCCCCCCCCCCCCCCCCCUCCUUUCCCACAUGCACACACACACAAAUUUAUUUCAGUAGAAAUUUUCAAUGUCAAGUGUUUAAACUUUGCUGUUUUUUUCUAAUGACAAGGAUCUACACAAAGCAAUGCCUCACAAAUAAAUUCCAUGUUCAAGUUAAUUUCACUCUUUACCUUUGAAAUGAACAUUUUAAACAUUUUUAAUGUAGUUACUCUAUGUCACUGAUGUAGUGCAAGCUGAUUGGCCACAUAUAAAACCAGUAUACAGCACAGAGUAAAAUUAUAAGUUGGACAACUUUCUGUGCGCCAUCUGCGUUCUGUUUUCCUGUGCUUGUGCCUUGGUAUUUACUAAUGAAGUGGUGUCUAUUUGUCUGUGUGUGUUUGAACACAGUGCACUGUGCUGUGUAUGUGUGUGCUGUUGUGAGUGUAACCCAGCCUUAAGCCAGGUCAGUUUGAAGUUCAUAACAGCUGAUGUUCAAGUCUGUGCAUUUUUGAUACAGUAUUUAGUGUGCAGGUGAGUGAAUAAGUGAUGGAGUGUGUUUAUUCUGAAUCUCUGGUACCUGAAUCUCAGGAUGUAGCCUCCCAUCCCCAACUUUUUUUUUUUAAUUUUAAGGUUUCCUACCUAAACAAAAUUUACCGUAUUUACUCGCAUAAUGUCCGCAGUUAUUUGGCUACAUUUUUGACCAAAAAAAAUGGGGUGUGGACAUUAUGAGGUGAAGUCCGCAAGAAAUUUUUUUUUUUUUUUUUUCAAAAUUUUACGUUUUGUUUAGAGUAAAAAAAUUAUUCUCUCAUAAUUAGUUUACUAGCAGAGCGCUGGUGACUGGCGACCCUCCGCAGCGGACGUGAGAAAUGUGACAGGUGUUGAGAUAAUUGGGUGCCGGCGAUUAGUGGAAGACGCCACUCUUUUUUUUUUCUUCUCUCGCGUGUGCGCUCUUAUGUUCAGAAGCCGAAGCCAGCCUACACAAAAUAAACGCUUUGCGUGAAAAGAUCUUUUUUUAAUCUUUCAUUGAGAUGGCCACUGACAGCACGGGGCAGAUGUCUAAUGUCUGCAUUAGCCGGCGCCAGCGAGCCUCCCUCCCUGUCCCUUGCCCACUGUGUGUAUAAAAAAAACGUGCGUAUGUACCCCCACCACUUCUCAGCUACCUCCCCUACUUUGUGACGUAGUGUGAGUUGACGUGUACUGGCUUGUGCUAUAUAUAGCCCAUCCCCUUGCAACUCGCGUGACGUCGCAGGCAGCUGCGCAGUGGAGUGCGAGUUUCUGACUCCGGACGGUUUCACCACGCUACAAACCCUCUCAGCGACCGCUCCGGAGAAAUGAACAACUCAAGGUCAAAGCAUUGUUGACACCGUCAGUAACUUUCCAUCCCGUUACUGUGCCUUUCAGGGGUGGCCAAGGUUGCUUUGUCUGGUGCGGACUUUAUGUGGAUUUUAAAAAAUUCCAUUUCAAGUAUUUAAAAAGAAAUGUGCGGACAUUAUGCGAUGGCGGACAUUAUGCGAUUAAAUACGGUAAUAUGUACAUUAGCUUCUUUGAGGUACCAGCGUCCUCUCUAGCCAUUGAUUUGUAGAAGUGCAACACUCGAGUAGCGAGGGUUGGUUGCUCAGUCCCAUCUUCUGUUUGGGGCUGGUAUUCCAAGAGACAACAAUAAGGGUUCAGGUGUUGAAUAUGGUACACUUGUACCCUGACCACAUUCCUAGUGCAAGAUAGGACACGGCCAGUCCCUUGUUUCAAGCAAGUUUUUGGUGUCCUCUCCGUUGCCGAUCUGUUGCCCAAAUUCCGCGCAUGUGCAGAGCACACUUAUUUGUUGAUUUUGUCCAGAUGUCGUACUACGUCUGGUGCCAUUAACUCUUAUAUAGUCACUUUUGUGAACAUUGGGUAACAUACCAAGCGAGUUAGUGUGCAUAAAAUUAAACUUAUUAUAGCGAAACUAUCCUGGAGUACAUUUUGUACAUUUUAAUGGUCAUAACAAGAAAUAAUCACAUCUUUAAAAGUACUUGAGAAUACUAGAAAAGGCUGUUCUAUUUUUGUGCGUUGGUGCUGCUAUCUCUAGUAUUUUUGCCAUAAAAAUUGUAUCUAUGGUUGCGAAAUGUCCUCUAAAAUGCAUUGAAACUAGUUUAUAGCCUUGCUCAGGGCACCGUUUGUUAAAACAGUUGCCGAUUUGUUUCUUUACUGAAAUUCGGUUUGGGCACAUUUUGGAAUACGGCUCGCGAGUUAGUUACAGUUGUGUCCCAACAAGGCAGUGCUUAUUUGCUACCUUACCCGAACAUCUUGGAAUACACAGCUCUUUUUACCUUGUAUAUUAAAAAUUUAUACUUUUUAUGUGCAAUACAUAAUUGCUUUUUAACUGAGAAGGGAAUUAAAAUUCUAUGUACUUUCAUAAAAGAGUGUAAGAUAUAGUUACCAAGAUACUGUCUAUUAUAUACAUGAAAUGUUCUACAUUUAUUUUCUAGCUGUUGGUGUAGUGGUACUAAUGGCACACUGGCUGUGAAGUAGCCGUUGUCCUAACUGGAGGUGAUCACUAAGACUAGGCCUCUCACGCCUCAUUAGUUAGUUCAUUUCUUGUCGUUGCUUUUAAUUAAGUAACUUUUACUGUAAUUGUAUAUGCAUUUUAUGUUUUGUCUCAACAUUUUUCAACAUUUUUUUUAAUAAAACAUUCUAAUAGCAGCAAAAAAUCACGCCAGUGUUCGUAGGUAUGAACAUUUUGAAAAUAAAUUUUAUUAAAUAUCUGGUGAGAAACCUGUAGCCCUAACAGCAAAUGCAAGACAGCUGUCAAAAUUACCUAAUUCACAGUAAAAUCUCUUAAUUCAUAAUAAUGAAAAAAUAACAAACGUGGUAAUAAAUUGGUAAAAUGUGUGCAGAGUAGAAGAAAAAAACUUUUGGUUAUUAUUCAUUACCAAGGUUUUAAAUAUUUAAACUUUAUUUAUCUGUAAAAUAAAAUUGUUUUAAAUAUAUUAAGUUACCCAUACAAACAUUUUCAUAACGAAGAAAAUCUAGAUAAGGGUUUAGUCAAUUCAAAAUACUAUAAGUUACAUAUAUUUAAUUUGUAUGUUGUUGCAAAUGUUUUACAAAAUUUAUCUACCAGAAUGUUAUAUAAUUUCAGUUAAUCAUCAUACCAUAACAGGAAUCCAAUAUAUUAUUUUUAUUUUCACUGUCAUCAUACUAUGUGCUCAAAUAAUAAGUUAUUUUGACAAAGAGUAUUUCAUUUACAAAAAUACAUAUCUGAACAUCAACAAAGCAUAAGAUUUCUGGCUGGAUAUUUGAUAAUUUUUUCCAGGCAGGAUUAAUUUCAUAAACUGCUAAAAAGGAAACUGUUGUUAGUUUGCAUUUGUGAAACAGUAUAGUAACUGCAACUCCUUUCAAUUUUAAAUCAUGAUAUAAAUAUUUUUUACUACCAUAGAACCCCUAUUUCGUAAUAUAAUUUAUGAUUUUGAUGUUUGAUGAAUUUUAAAACCCAAGUUGGCAUAAAUUUAUUUGUACAAAAAUUCUAAUUUUAAUCAGCUUCAGUGCAGCAAUUAUUUUUAUGAUGAACGACAAUAGCCAGUUGUAAUGAUGUACGAUACCAAAGACGGCCUACACUAGCACUAUUACUCAACUUACAGCAAAUAUGUCAAUGACCUAUUUAUGUCUGCGUAAAAAAACAAUCUUUUUUUCACUGUUUGAAUUCAAUCUUAUACAUCUACAGCCAGUUGUCCUCAGAGUAAAAUUUAUUCUAUGGAAUGUAACUUAUGUUCCUACCUAAUCAUGGUGCAUACUAACUCACCUUUGUUUUUCAAUUGAAACAUGUCACUUAAUUUUUUAUAUCACGUAUGUAGUCUUUUGCCUUAAAAUGAUGGUUGAGAAGUGCUCUAACCAUGGAAACUAUGUGAACCUCGUGUUUGGAGGCGUCCUGUCCAGCUGGUCCUGCUAGAGGACAAGAGAGCACUCCCCACCACGUGACGGACUGCCGUCCUGCCAUCCUGCCGUCCUGGGUGGUCCACACUGCAGUUAGCGACGGCACGGCCACGUAUUUUAUCGCUCAGGAUUAGCGGACGUACUUCUGUUUGGAAACCAUUCUAAUCAGAAUUUCUUCAAUUAGUUCUUACAGUUGCAGGCAUAACAUUGGUAACUUUGCUGUGCUUUUGUUUUUGGUUAAGUUGUAAAUUUGAGCUUUGACUGCAUGUUAGUUGUACAACUAUAGUCAUGGUUUUUUUUUUGAACCAAGAUUUCUGAAUAUGUUUAUUCAAAUAGGUGAGGCAAAGCAUAAAGAGAGAAGUAAUGGUGAUCCUUGCAAGAGUGCUGAAAUGAGGGUCAUGGUAAUAGCUUGUCUAUUUGGUUGGAAAUUAGGUUGAAUGUAUAAUGGUGGUAUGCCCAUGAUAGCUCAACCGGACAUAACAAAAAGUUUGAUACCUAUAUUUAAAUUGUAACAAUUUCUUCAUUGGAUUAAAAUGUUUUUAGUUGAAUUUUUUUUUUUUUUUGCUUUGUUUGUAAGAAUUUAAAAUGUUACAAAAUAUAUUUCAAUUUUAGAUUUGAUCUUUAAUUGUCUUGUGUGAUGCAUAUUCUAAAAGUGUUAAAACUAAUGAAACUGUAUGUACAAUUGUGGAGCUUUAAUGAAUAAAUUAAUGAUUCAAUGAA